CGAACUUCUUAAUUCAGGCCUACUUCUUAAUUCAGGCCUUCUCAGUUCGUAUACUGCGUUGCAAACAGAAGUCUCAAAUUCACAGAUGCGAAACAGUUUUCUGAGUCCACAGUCAUCAGCUUCCAAUUCGCAGGGGUCUUCACAAGCAAUAUCACCUAAUUCAUCAGCUUCUUUGCAAGCAGUUUCUCUGAGUUUGCAAGACUCACAGCAGGUUUCUUCGCAUAUUUCCGCUUCUCACAGUCCACAAGUGGAGUCAGUUUCAUUCCCACAGCUGUAUGUGAGUCAGCUACAACCUAACUCUGAAGAUACACUCAGCAAUGGCGAUGAGGAACGAGGGAUGAAGAAAUCGCCUGUGGUGAAUCAAGUCUCUGAUGAUGAAAUUGCUGGUGCAAAUACUGCGGAAGGGUCAAAUACAGCUAAUUUUACAGACUCUGUUCAGCAAGAAAUCCUUAAUGUCACUGGACAAAUAGAUGAAUCUCAAGCUACAUCUUCCACUGCUUCUAUACAAGAAAUUAAGGGCAGAAUGACAGAUGUGACAUUCACCAAUGUCCUAGAAAAUGAAUUAAAAUCAGACAUGAUAAAGAUGGUUACCAAAAUGCACCAGUCAGUAAAUGGUAUUGCCAUAUCUCAGAAAGAGGAACCGUUAGGGAACACUGUGAGAACCACUUCUCUGGAUUUUGGUGCCUGGACUACCUGUAUAAAGGAAAUUGAGAAAGUAGAUGAGGGAAACAUUCUGAAGAAAUAUGCUGAUCACGAGGCAUGUAUUGGUUCUGGGGAUAAAGUUGUGGAGGUUCUGGGAACUCCAUAUCAACAGUUAGAUCGCUACUUUGAAGAUUCCAAGGUGUUGGUUGACAGGAGGCCACUAUCACAAUGGCAAACUGAUGAAGAAAAGGAAUCUGCUGUUGUUUAUGCUAGCUCGGGAACUACCCUUGAUGCCAGAAUGGUUGCUGAAAAUGCUAGGGGAAUAACACCAGUUUAUAUUCUUUUGCUAAAUGGAGGUGUAGGUUUUGAUAACAUGGUUCACAUACUGACUAAUAGAAGAGGGAUGGAGAAAGGUGUUGCUUAUACUGACAAUCAGGACCAAGUUAUUGUGGUUGAAGGUGUAGUAUUAUUUUGGGAUGCUUUCGCUAGGCAAUUGGGGAAGAAUGACUUAAAGAGGAGUGCAAUUGAAGAAUCAGUCUUCAUUCGCUUAAAUGUCAAAUCUGGGACGACAGUUAAGGGUUUCAGUUUGAUACUAUCUGCAAUGUGGGACUCCUCUAAUGCUAAACUGAGAUGGACUGAUGAAUUGGGUCUCAAAUACCAUUUGGGUAGAAUCAGAGUGGACUUGGACCCUAAUAUUCAGGCUGCUGUUAACGGACUGGAAGCUGAAGCAAAAUGUCAACCUUACAAAAUGGUCUUAUGCUCCAAUGAUCUAGAAGAGAACUUUUCCAGUGGUGUUCUUUUAAUGAAAACCAAGCCAGGGGAAGAUGUUGGAAUUAUGGAAGUGGAACCUUACUUGCUGGGAAGAAUCGUUAUGGCUUCUUUCUCUAUACUUGGGUUAAUUAAGUUGGAUGCAGAACCAGUCAGGGAAGCAAAGAGGUUUCAGGAAUUCUCCUCUAAUAGUCUGUUUGGAAAACUGUUUACACGCGCAUCAGACCCGAGGGAAAAAGGAGCUGAGCUUUCACUAGCACCGGAUAUAGUAAAAGGUGAUGAUAAUGAUGAGCUUCAUGGAUUCUACAACCUUGGAGUUAUGUAUCUGAAUGUGCUUGAGGAUAUCUUUGCUGGGCCCAAAGGUAUAGUCAAGGAGGUUUUUCAACCCACAAUUCUGGAAGUCCUAAAGAGAUCUACUGAUAGAACAGUUGAAGUAUGGAUGGGUGUCCUUGUAAAGGUUAAAGCUGGUUUGCUCUGUGAUUCCUUCAGUGAUGAAACUCCUCAGAUUCUUUCUAUUUUACAGAAGAUACUGCGGAAUUAUGAUGAAGAUCUGGGUAAUCAAGUUGUUGCGGUUCUCUAUGAUGUGGCAGCUGAAAUUACUACCAGGGCAGCUGGGUUUUAUCUUGCAGAACCUUUAUAUGAUGAUAUUGGUUACAAAGAAGAGGCUUCAAGUGUAAUUCCAGGGAGUUCGUAUAUGCAGUUUCUGCUCCUGUUUGCUUUGAAAGAUGUGAAGAUGAAAGGUCAAGCAAUGAAGGUCAUGGGCAAGCAAGCUGGGAGGUAUUGGGAAGGGAGAGGUGCAAGAAUCAAGUGCAAGCGGAAGAUCAUGGCUGACUCCUGACUCCUAUCAUCCACUUUGAGGGCAAGGUGGUUGUUUAGGGGGGGAGUAAUGUUAGGCAUCAGCCUAAUCAGUAGUUUUAAAUAAGGGGGUUAGGGGAGUUAAAUAGCUUAUUAAGUGUCUAUAGCUUAUUUAGUUGUCUAUUUAGUCCCUGUGUGGACUUUUGCUAUAAAUAGAAGCUGGGGUAGCCAUAAUAGGAAACUGUUAUUUUGAUUUGUGUGUUGCCUUGUUGCCUAAGAAUUCCCGGUUGCCUUUGUUGCCUACGGAUAACCCUUUCUAUCAAUAAACGUCAUUUCUCAUCUCUGUUCAUCA